AUGGAGGCCCUGCCGGCCGACGAAGAUGCUCCUCAGACUGGCCCUGACGAGCCAUCUUUACCGGCGAAACCGACAGCGCAAGCCUUGCCGGAGAAAGCAUCAGAUGAUCCCCGGUCUGGGCUCGAUUUUCUUAGAGCUACCGGUGCUCCGGUGACACCAGAACCUCCUAGGUCUACGGUUCAUGACUCUGCUGCUAGAGUAACCCCUACCCCUUCUGAUUCUCCACAUCCUGUCGCCUUCACUCUACCCCCGGCUGUUGCUUCUUGCAGCAAAGAUCCCCCACCGCCAUCGCCUAGCCCCACUCCAAGCACGGUGCGUGUGUCUGUUGGCCCGCCGUCGGCUUCUUCCACUCCCAAGCGAGCGCAAAAUGGGAAGUGGGCGCAGAGUACUCUGGUCGUCGGAGGCCGCCGUAUUCCACCGCCUGACAAUGACAAGCCGGCAGAUCCUCCACCAAAAGAAGCUGAGCAACCGGAGGAAGUUGACAUCCCUGUGUGCGCGGAUACUGGCUCGCCCGCACUCACCAAGAUGCAGCUGCGAGAGCAGGUGUACCUUGAGGCGAGUAUUAACUACGAGACGAAGUGGUCGCAACACUUUUCCUGGCUGGUGUUUGGGAAGACCAAGGACGGUUUUCCAUACGUGAAGUGCUCCAUCUGCAUGUCGUACGCGAAGGGGAACACGAGGUACGCCAUGCAAGGUGAUGACGGUGGCCGUGACUUGCAGACGCAGUCGUUCAGGGCGCACGAGCAUACGGACGCACACAAGGCGGCGGUGGAUCGGCAGUUGAAGCUUGCGGCGGGCAUCCGCGAGGGCCAGCAGGCGAUUUUUGACUUCAUCAACUCCGACGUCGAGGGGCGGCGCGCGAUUCGUCUCAUGCGGCUGUGCAAGGUCCUCGGCGCUUGCAUCGUGCUGCUCUGGGAGCACAACCACAAGGCCUACGAGAUUGUGACGUGCUACAAGUUCCAGUUCUGUUUGUUUUUCCUGGCCGACAUUCUGGCCGACAUGAACGACCUGAACCGCUGCUUCCAGAGGCGUGAGCUGGAUGUGACUGAGAUUUCGAAGACUAUUGAGUCCACCACGGGUGACCUGACAGAGCGCUACUUGACGACAAACAAACCGUUCGGGGGCGAGGGGAAGAGCUGGCUGGUAAACUUCCUCAAGGUCCACAAGGAGGGUGGAGGCAAGCAGGUCCGGGUUCGAGGCGUGGACGGAGAGGGACGCCCAAUCAACCACCUCUACACCAUGCAUGAGAGGAAGCUGAAGGGCCACAAGCAGGGAAGCACCUACGCAGACUGCGUGAAGCUGUGCCGCCAAUUUGUCCGCAACUGCGUGGACAACCUGAACGAACGGCUGGAUGACCUUGGGAAGCUGGGCCCGACGAAGCUGUUCCGGGCGGGGAAGUGGUCGAAGAUCAAGGCCCAGCGAGAGAAGAAGUGCAAGGAGUGGCUGCACGGAUGCAGCAGGCUCUUCCGCCACAAGCUGCCGGGAUUCGACCUCAAAGCAGCAGAGAGGGAGCUCCCGACAUUCUGCGCGAUCAUGGAGUCACACCAUGAGAUGGAGAGCUUCGCCCAGGGCCUUAACAACUUUCUUGGGAGCGUAGACUCAAAGAGGUAG